AUGACCGGCGUUAGGGUUGAACUUAGCGAUCCAAAGGCCAAGUGCAGAUUCUUUAUGAACGCCAAUUGCAAAGAUAAGUUCAACGAACUUGGGGAGGGUGAUCACAACUUUGCUAAGACGGAGUGGAAUGACGAAAUCUCAGCCGUGAUUUGUAAAGUGUGGUAG